CGACCGUGUUAUGGUUUACGUAUAUAUGUAGAGGACUACACCUGUGCUUUGUUUUGCUGUUUUGAACUGUCACUGACUAUACAGGAACACACAUUCAAAUAAAGACGUUCAGCAGUAAUGGGGAGAGGACAACGCCCUAUAAGUGGAGGGCUUGUGAUAAUACUGCUCAUAACAAGUUCAAGCCCGAUAACACACUCUGCUCUAAUAAACGGAAACAUUUUCAGCUCUACUGUAAAAACAUUUACAGACAAGGUUGGAUUUCCCGAUAUACAGACAUUAUACAAUGAUGCCCAAUCCACAGCUUUCGAAGUUGAAGGAGUGAGUCUUGUAACAGAACUAUUAAGUGGACAAUGCCGGGUAGACGUGGUCGUGGAGGAAGGGCUGGUCAUUUUGGUGGUCAAAAUUCGUCGGGACGGGGAAAAAACACCUUGACCGGUAAAGUCAAUGCACGCGCUAAUUCGUUUGGGGACAGUGUGGGACAAGAUGGCGUACGUAGUGACUCGGAUGGCUUUAUCACACAGUCGCGUAAGCGGUCAAGGAGAACCACAGGUGGUGACAGUGUACAUUUUACUGAGGCAGAUAUGCAGAAUUUUGAUGAUGCCAAUGUUGACGACAAACUAGGAAUUAUGAUGCAGUUGGAUACCAUGAAAAGCACACUGGACAAGGUCAGUAAGAAGUUCAACAAGGCUACCAGAGACAUUCAGGCAGUGAAAACUGAUUUGAAUGAUUAUGAC